UCCUACUCUUUGUAGAAAAAGGACUUGUACGAAGGGUCCUUCCUUAUAUAUAGUUACAGGCUGUGAAAAACACUGACCGAACAAAGUUUCUUAGUGGGACCUGGGAGUGGGAAGGGCUGGGCAGCGGCAGCGGCAGCAAUAGCAGAAGCAAGAAAUAGAUCAACACCACACUACCAUCAGUCCACUGCCCCCAAAUUUGUUACAGGUUGUGAAAGAACACUGAUUGAACAAAGUUUUCAAACCUUAUUAUGGAUCACAAAGUUGAUGAUGAUGUAGUUGACCGUAUAUCUGAAUUGCCUGACCAUGUUCUGCAUCACAUCCUUUCAUUCCUUCCCUGCAAACAAGUUUUUCAAACUACACUAAUGUCCAAGACUUGGAAACACGUAAUAACUACAUUCCCGAUCCUGCAAUUUAUUCAAGUCUUCAAUGACCCCGAUACCUGGCUUCCAGAAAACAAGAAUAAGCCUGAUGUCAUAAGAAAGAAAGGCCACUUUUAUACAUUUGUGGUAAAAACUCUACAAAACCGCCGAAACCAGAGUCUUCGUAUAAAGACUUUUAACCUUUUUGACAACUUGCUUCAUGAAAAAUCGAUGUCUCGUGUUGACUGCUGGAUUAACUUGGUGCUUGAGAGUGAGGUUGAAGAGCUAGCUCUUUCGUUUGGAUCGUCUAGUAUACCUUAUCGCUUGCCUCACAGUGUUUUGGUUGCAAAAUCCUUGUGUGUGUUGACUCUACAUAUGUGUAAGUUGGUGUCAACCUGCGGUGAAGGUGACAUUAACUUACCAUCACUGAAAAGAUUCUCAUUAUCUAACGUUUAUGCAGAUGAUCAAAGUAUUCAGAAUCUAAUUGUUGGGUGUCCUGUGAUAGAAUACAUGGGAAUUGAAGGUUGUAGGGGGAUCAGAAGUAUAAAGUUUUUCAGUGUUCCUACAGUCAAGGAAAUUAUUGUAGGAAACAAUUUUGACAUGGAGAGGCUUGAGUUGGAAGCAUCAAAUCUUCAUUCUCUAUAUAUAAUUGAGUGGAAGUUACAAUGCAAUCUCAACCUGCUUCCUUUUAAAAAUCUAAAAAAUUUAAGUCUAGGUACACCAAAUGUAACAGAGAAGUGGCUUGAGGAACAUCUUUCUGGACUUCCACUCCUCGAGAACUUACAUCUAUUAUCGUGCUCUAAGCUCGAAAGAAUAAAUAUUUCAAGUCAUCAUCAUCUCAAAUCAUUGAAAUUGGUUUUAUGUGCCAAUCUGGUUGAACUCAUGAUUGAUAACCCUAAACUAUGUAGACUCUCAUAUUGGGGUAAAACUGCAAUAUCCUUUUCAUUGAAUGCUUUGGGUUUGUUGGAAGCUGAGUACACGCUGUGGCCUCGCUAUGGUACUUGGGAUGCUGAGAAGAUUGAAUUCCUUUCAAAGAUGAGAAAUUCAAAAGUUUUUAAAUUGAAAAUUUUUUAUGAUCAGGAUGUGAUUAUUCCAGAAGAAUUGAGAGUAACCCUGUCAUCACCAUUAUAUAAUGUCAAGCAUUUGAAGCUUAUAAUAUGUCCACCGUUUACAGGAUACGAAAUCAGUGAACUUCUAGACAGCUUUCUUUGGAUUUCUCCUCUUCCAGAAUUGUUAGUAAUUGAAUCAAACAGGCACAAGUCAGAUCCCGAUUUUGACAAAUUAACCUUUGAGUUAUCAUAUGAGAAGCCUAUUUAUAAAGGGGAGAAUCCAAGUUGUUGCAAAUUUCUACCAUUUCCAUGUUGGCGGCAUUGCUUGAAGACUGUCAAGAUUGAUAGCCUUAAAGGAUACGGAGAUGAAGAGCUUCUGUACAAGUAUUUUUCUGAAAAUGCAAAAACCUUGGAGGACUUCCAGUUCCAUGUUGGUGGUAUUGCUUGAAAGUUAUCCAAAUUUUGAACUUGAGAUGAUAUGCACAUACAAGGAUCUUAGAGAGGUAUCUUUCAGAGAAUGCAGAAAUCUUGAAAGGUCUCAUAGAUGUGACUCUUAAAUUGUAGAAUCUUUCAGUUAAUGAAUUCUGCAAAAGUGAAUGUUUUGUAAGUUUACUUUGAACAUUUACCAACCAGCAAUAUCUUGUAGUUUCUUUUUUUCACUAGAUAAUUGUCUUCGAAUUUAUUUUUAA